CUGUGUGUGAUGCGCGGUUGAAAACCUCCGCCGCUGCGCUCUGAAUCUCUCCCUCUGUCGCGGUGAAUCCACUCUGCGCCGCUCGCAUCCCCUCCGUCCCACCGCGGACAUCCGGCCAACUGAUCCGUCUCCCUCCCUCAACAAUGAGAGCAGCAUCUUUCCUCUGGUGAAUUCAGGGACUCGGAGAGGUGGAGAGGAGAGAAUAGGAGCGGAGGAGAGGAGAGGAGAGGAGAGGAUAGUGCCGUUUCCUUUACUCCCCGUCUGGUUGAGUCAUGCCAGUUCCAGAUCAACCUGCUGAAUCUGAGAACGCCUCUACCGGAGACCGAACCGAAUCCGAGGCCGCUUCAGCCAUCCUGGCGUCAGUAAAAGAGCAGGAGCUGCAGUUUGAGAGACUGACUCGAGAGCUGGAGGCUGAGCGCCAAAUUGUCGCUACCCAACUGGAGCGAUGCAAACGAGGAUCUGAGGCUGGCAGCACCAUGAGCAACAUAAGUUCAACAGAUGAACACCUCGGCUGGGAAAUCGAAGAUGGACAGAAAGACAUCGAGGAUGAGCUGAACACCGGACUGGAGCUUGUGGACUCGUGCAUCAGGUCCCUGCAGGAGUCUGGAAUUCUCAACCAUCAGGAAUACAGCACAAGUGAACGACCGAGUCUGCUCUCUCAGAGCUCUCUGCAGCUCGGCUCGAACUCCUCUGGAUAUCACAGCAGCCAGACGGCGGCUCCGAACGACGCCCAGGCUUCAGCAUCUCCUCAGCUCGGAGGAGUCGUGCACAGCUACAACCAGGUGACGUCCAGUCGUGCAGCUCAACCGCAGAGCCAUGGCCUUGAACCACAGCAGCCGUGUCCAUCCUCGGGAAUCUACUACUCCAGCUCCACGUUGCCUGCUCCUCGUCUCAACUCUACCCUGAGCUCCAUGCAGCCGUCUGGCACGACCUCCGGCUCCGUCACCAAGCUCCAGCGUCUGGGCUCGGCCUCGGAUGCUCCCGCCUACGCCACCACCCAGCGCCUGCAUUCCUCCUCCUCGUCCUCCUCACCCAAGCCGUCUCCAGCGAGACUCGCAAAGUCCUACAGCAGCAGCUCCCCUAUUAAUGCCGUGGGAGCCGGUGGCACGGCCUCGAGUUCACCCGUCCGCCUGGCAUCGCCGUCCAACAACGCCUCACCGCUGCACCAGCAGCUCAGUGUGGGCAGCUACGCCACGCUCUCGCCCACCAAGAGGCUGGUGCACUCUUCAGAGCAGUACAAGAUCUCGCACGAGCUGUACGCCACCGCUACGCUGCAGAGGCCUGGCAGUCUUGCUGGAUCUCGGAGCUCAUACAGCAGUCAGCACAGCCACACGGGUUCUGAUCUGAGACCCCUGCAGUCUCCGGAGCACCACAUCGAGCCCAUCUAUGAGGAUCGUGUUUACCAGAAAGGCCCGAUGAGGAGCCUGAGUCAGAGUCAAGCAGAACCCCCUGCUCCAGGGCAUGCUGGGACAUACCGUACCAACACUGCCCCGUCCUCCCCCGGUGUCGACUCCGUCCCCCUGCAGAGAACAGCCAGCCAGAAUGCGAGCGGAACUUUCCCGCGUGGAGGCUACGCCAGCUACGUGGAGCCGUACCGCACGCUGCAGUACUGCUCGUCCGUGGAGUCUCCGUACAGCAAGUCGGGCCCCACUCUUCCUCCCGAGGGGCCGCUGGCUCGCUCGCCCUCCAUCGACAGCAUCCAGAAGGAUCCCAGGGAAUUUGGUUGGCGAGACCCCGAGCUACCUGAGGUCAUCCAGAUGUUGCAGCAUCAGUUCCCCUCGGUUCAGUCCAACGCUGCCGCCUACCUGCAGCAUCUGUGCUUUGGGGACAACAAGAUUAAAGCAGAGAUCCGGAGGCAGGGUGGGAUCCCCUUGCUGGUGGACCUACUGGAUCAUCGGAUGGCAGAAGUUCACCGGAGCGCCUGCGGAGCUCUGAGAAACCUCGUCUAUGGGAAAGCUAACGAUGACAACAAGAUUGCUCUGAAGAACUGCGGUGGGAUCCCAGCGUUGGUGCGUCUACUGAGGAAAACCUCAGACGUGGACAUCCGUGAGCUGGUUACUGGUGUGUUAUGGAACCUCUCGUCGUGUGACGCCCUGAAGAUGCCCAUCAUCCAGGAUGCUCUGGCCGUCCUGACCAACACCGUGAUCAUCCCUCUGUCUGCCUGGGACGUCUCGCCGCAUCAGGAGGAUCGCAAACUGCAGAUGCACACUUCGCUCGUCCUGCGCAACGCCACCGGGUGUCUGAGGAACGUGAGCUCGGCCGGAGAGGAGGCGAGGAGGAGGAUGAGGGAGUGUGAAGGUCUGACAGACGCUCUGCUCUUCGUCAUCCAGACUGCUUUGGGGAGCAGUGAGAUUGAUAGCAAGACCAUAGAAAACUGUGUGUGCAUAUUGAGGAACCUCUCGUACCGACUGGCUGCAGAAACUUCUCAGGGACAGCAGAUGGGCACCGAGGAGCUGGACGACCUUCUGUGCAGCGACUCCAACGGCAAGGACGGAGAGAGUUCAGGCUGCUGGGGGAAGAAGAAGAAGAAAAAGAAGGCGCUGGAUCAGUGGGAUGGUGUCGGUCCUCUCUCUGACACGGCCGAGCCUCCUAAAGGAAUCCAGAUGUUGUGGCAUCCGUCUAUCGUCAAGCCGUACCUCUUACUGCUUUCUGAGUGCUCGAACCCGGACACACUGGAGGGAGCGGCCGGAGCACUGCAGAACCUGGCUGCAGGAAGCUGGAAGUGGUCAGUCUACAUCCGUGCAGCGGUGAGAAAAGAGAAAGGUCUGCCGAUCCUGGUGGAGCUCCUGAGGAUAGAUAACGAUCGCGUGGUGUGUGCGGUGGCGACAGCGUUACGAAACAUGGCUUUAGACGUCAGGAAUAAAGAGUUAAUCGGGAAGUACGCGAUGAGGGAUCUGAUCCACCGCCUUCCUGGGAGCAGUAACGCCAGCACCGGCGGUAGCACCAACAACAGCACAACGAGCAAAACGAUGUCUGACGACACGGUGACGGCGAUCUGCUGCGCCCUGCACGAGGUCAUCACCAAGAACAUGGAGAACGCCAAAGCACUGCGAGAUGCCGGCGGCAUCGAGAAGCUCAUCGGCAUUGCCAGGAGCAAAGGAGACAAACAUUCGCCCAAGGUGGUGAAAGCAGCAGCUCAGGUCCUGAGCAGCAUGUGGCAGUACAGAGAUCUGCGCAGCCUUUACAAGAAGGACGGUUACUCUCAGUAUCACUUUAUCGGCUCUGCUUCGACGAUAGAAAGGGACAGACAGCGACCGUACUCUUUCUCACGCACGCCUUCCAUCUCUCCGGUCCGGACCUCGCCCAACAAUCGCUCAGCGAGCGCCCCCGCCUCACCCAGAGAGAUGAUCAGCCUCAAGGAGAGGAAGACGGACUACGAGUCCACUGGAACCAAUGCUAGUUUCCAUGGAAACAAAGGCGAACACUCAUCCAGGAAAGACGCCGCAGCAGCUCAAGUCUCGUGUGGAACCUCGACGCUGUUCCGCAACUCGUACGCGACUCCAAACGAAGAGGUGAAGCACAACCAGAUCUCGUCCCAUCCUGCUCCACAGGAGAGCGUCCGAAAGGACUACGAGAUGCUUCCACCGUUUCAGAACUCCACUAGAAACUUUGAAGAGCCUUUUUUUGAAGAUCAGGUCCAUCGGCCUGCUCCCGCCACCGACCUCAGCAUGCACCUGGGACUCAAGUCCACCGGGAACUACGUGGACUUCUACUCGGCCGCACGUCCCUACAGCGAACUUAACUACGAGACGAGUCACUACCCCGCCUCGCCCGACUCAUGGGUGUAGGACUCCAUGAAUGAUGACCCCUUCCUUCUGAUGACCCCCGUUACUGACCCCUGACACCACCCACACCCGCCCUCCCCUCCUCCCUCCCAGGGACUCCUGAAUCCGCCCAAAUCCGGGUGCUUGCAAAGAGAGGCUGGAAAACUGUGCAUGUGCAUGCAUACCACGUUUGCGUCGACACAUUCCGUUCGUCAGAAGGCUUGUUCCGGGAAAAGAGCAAGGUCGAAGAGGGAAUGUCGGAACGUCAGCACAGAAAAAAGAAAAGGAUUUACAAACGACGAUGGAACGUUUUGACCUUGAAAGGGUUUUGAAAGGGAUUUGUAAGGUAGGGAAGGACAUAAAGAGACGUGGACAAAUCCGGACGGAAUUCUGGGAACAGCUUUUCACUUUUUUUUUUUUUCUGGUUUUGUUUCACCAUCUCAUUGUGAGUCAUGUUGAGUUUGAAUGUUUGAGAUGUGUUUAAGAUUUUUCCAGCCUUUUUAUCUAUUUGCGUCACUCCUCUCGGUUUGAACCGGACUCGAUUGGUGUACAUUACACUGCUGCCACUCGGAGGUGACUUUGGAUCUUCUUUUACAGCACAAGAACAAAAAAAAACCUAGGACCGCUUUUAUUUUGGAGGAAGGUCUCAGCUAUGCGUGUUAUUUUCAGAACAGGGUAUCGUAUCCGGAGGAGGAGGAGUUUCGUCCGGUGCGACAUUCUGAAAGCAGUUCUGAGAUCAUUCCACUCUCCGUGUCGAUGAAGUGCUUUCUCACUGCCUAAAAACAGAGAUGUAGAUAUUUUAACAUCUUUUUGUUUUGUCACUUUUUUUUAUUAUUUUUAUUUUUUCGGGGCAAAAACGUUCGAACAGAAAAAUUCUAACGCUACAGCAGUUUGUCGUCCGUAGAUAACCCGAGUGUCCAGAUGACUGACGUUGUGCCAAACGAGAAAAAUCACCACUGGAAAUGUUUUAACCCAAAUCUAGAUUCUUUAUUUACUUCCCACCAUUUCACUCUGUUGGUCAUGAAUGUGUUGUGGUUAAUUUUUUAUUUUUUUUUUUUUUUCUGGAAUUAAGCUACUCAUCUAGGCAACACUGGAGUAACGAGCCUGAGAGCGAGAUCUCUCCAAGCUUCAUUUCCUCCAAAGAUGUACAAAAAGCGUCUCUGUGUGUUAGCCGAGUGUGUGCCGUGUGUCGUCCAUGUUCCAGAUGAUGACAGACCGCGUGGCUUCUACCGUCCGACUUCUGGCAAAGCACCGUGAAAAAAAAUCUACUAGCCUGAGAUGUUCAUAGAGAAUGAUGACGAUGAUAUAAAUAUACGUAUAAAUAUAAAUCUAUAUCAUUUUUAUGUGCAGAUAUUGGUGUCAUGAAAAAGCAACAAAACGGCAAGAAAAGACUUGUAUUAAAAAAUUCUGUUCACUUUAAUGUUCUAAAUCCGACAGAGAAAAAAAGAAAGAAGAAAAAAAGAAGACAAAGAUGAAUAACGUCGAUCCCCGGUCUCAGUUGUUGUUGUUUCCGAGCUCGAUAGAUAAUCAGGCUGGAUUUUAAUGAUGUUCUGGUGCCAGGACAAUAAAAUUACUGUUUGCAAUCUUU